CGGCGGAGUGGAGAGAGACAGAGAGAGACAGAGCGGAGCUCACCGGAGGACAGCUUUAUAUAACGGAGCUAAAUUUACCAUCAUCCUGAACGCAUUUCCUCGCUGGCGCACAAUUGGUCCAGCUACUCGGCUACCAUAUUUAUAAGCUUGGACGACCUACUGCUUGGUGUCUUUCAAGCGCAACUUUGGAACAGUUAGAUAGAACGCGCUUUUUCUGGUGGAGGUGAGCUGAAAAAGGCACUCACUCACUGAAUCAACUUUGACAAGAAACAAAUAAGCAUUUAUUGUAUCUUUUAAAUGGCUUUAUCCGGUGUGAUUUUGCCACCCAUCUCGACAUUCGCAAACCAAACCAAAAGUUUAGAAAAUAGGUGGAAAAGCGACAUGGACAAACCGAUGUCUUCCAACUGCUCCAUGCUUGAUAUGGUACAGAACAUGGACUGUCGGAGCAUCGAAAGGAAAGACGACGAAGAUCUGAGUAGCUACUUAGAUUUGGAUUUCAUUCUGGCAAACACCACUGGAUCAGACAGCAUGCCUACCGCUGCGCUGGGAGCAGGUGUAGCGUUGUAUAACAUGCCCUCAGUGGAUUAUCCAGGCAACCCGUUCACCACCGGGAACCCUAUGCCAUCCUACCCGUCCAGCGAGCAUAGCUCCCCGCCUCCCCCCUACAGCACCAGCCUGAUGGCGGAGCUUCUCAGGUUCGAGGGAGAGAACGACUACGGAGUCGAUACUACGCGUAAUACCUAUAGCGUCCAAGGACGGUUUUAUGUCAACUCGGCACUUUUUCCCAUUAGACAGGACAUUAUUGAUAACAUCAAAGUGGAGCCGUCCAUGGACGGUUAUGGACCCGUUAUGAGCAUGGGCCCCCAGAGUUGUCCAAAAAUCAAGCAAGAGGGAAACGUGUCGUGUAUGAUGUCCUUUGAGCAGCCGAGAGUAGCCGUCUCUCCGCGGGCAGCCAGCAACAUGACGCCACCGCUCAGCCCCAACGACCAGGGGAGCUCCGAGUGCCGCCAGCAGGUACCGAUGGGCCACUCCAUGAGCUUCCCACAGAACUACCACUCCUCGGCGACGUACACACACCAACGCCCCGGAGCGCCUCCAGCCGCACAGAUGCAGCUUGGAACAUACCAAGGCGCUCACCAGUUCGGCAUGUACGAGGAGGGACUGAGCAUGCAUCCGAACACACAGAGGGUACUGCUGACGCCCCCGUCCUCUCCGCUGGAACUGCUGGAGACCAAGCCCAAGAGAGGUCGCCGCACCUGGCCGCGGAAGCGCACGGCUACGCACACCUGCACAUUCGCUGGGUGCGGAAAGACUUACACCAAGAGUUCACAUCUGAAGGCACAUCACAGAACGCACACUGGUGAAAAGCCAUACCAUUGCAGUUGGGACGGUUGCGGCUGGAAAUUCGCUCGCUCCGACGAACUGACACGGCAUUUCCGCAAACACACCGGUCACCGGCCUUUCCAGUGCCACCUGUGCGAGCGCGCAUUCUCCCGGUCCGACCACCUUGCGCUUCACAUGAAGCGACACAUGUGAAUGUGACGUACAGGACUUGGACUGAUGGUGGGUUAUUAUUAAGGGGUGACCUUCAGGCCUAUUUGGUUUAUCUGUCUUUUUCUAUAUUUAAGAUGUUUUACAUGCCAACGGUUUUUUGUUGUUGUUCAGAAAAAAAUAUGUAUAAAUGGAUACAUGUUUAGUGUGAUUAUUUUGUAGUAAUGUAGCUGGUACUACCUUGGUUAUUGUUAUUUUAAAGCUUUAGAAACGCUUGGUAGGGUGUUUGGUUGUAUGUGAGGCUGGCCCUGUACUUCUCCUUCUCUUUCCUUGGAAAAACUGGAGUGCUGUGUUCAACACAAGUGCCUUUCAAUUAUUCUACCUGUAAAAGUGUUCACUGCAGGACUAGAAGGGCACCAAAAUAAGACACGUUUAUGAUAGUCUGCUAUUAGUGAAAUACGUUUUGUUAUUGAAAACUGCCUCAAUGAUUUGAAUGGCCCAAAUACUGUAGCUUACCUUACCCUCAACUGUUUUCUGUUUUCAUGGAAAUCUUUUUGAUGAAAUUGUGUGGUAUGGUUUGGGUGCGAAAAUAUGGGUCCAGACUCAUUGUACACUACCAGGGCUAGAUGUCUUGUGUAUCCUUAUUUUUGACUGAAGUCUGUAUUCAUUUUAUACUGUAAAUGGUGUAUUUAUUGUAAAUAUUAAAAUACAUUGAAAUAUUA